AUGCCAGGAAUAUACCAGCAGGGGGUACUCUUCAUCCAGAUUGUACUGCUCUUCUCCAGCACUUAUUGUCAAUACAAUUUACCGCCAAACAGAGACAACUGUUGUAUUUUAGAUGAACGAUUUGGGGAAUACUGCCCAACGACAUGUGGAGUUUCAGACUUUUUUAGCAGAUAUCAGUCAGAUGUUGACACAGAAUUGCAGUACCUCGAAGGACUGUUAAACAGGGUCACUAACGAAACCUCAGACACGACAAUAAUUGUAGAAGACAUACGGAUAAUUGGGAGGAAACCCCAAACAGCGCCACAAACCACUGAAAACCCAACUCAGAAAUCCAGAAAUAUGUUGGAUGACAUUUCACGAUACGAGCAGACCAUUUUACAGAAUGAUCAGAGCAUACAAUACCUGCAAGAAUUACUAACUUCCAACACAGAUAGAAUUAUCCAGCUAAAACAGAAGAUUACAAACUUAGAAUCUCAAUGCCAGCAGCCAUGCAAAGACAGCGUAAAAAUCCAGGAAAUAACAGGAAAAGAUUGCCAAGAUGUUGCAAACAAAGGAGCACGUGUCAGUGGUCUCUACUUCCUUAAGCCUCAAAAAGCCAAACAACAAUUCCUGGUUUAUUGUGACAUUGAACCAUCUGGCUUAGGAUGGACUGUUAUACAAAGGAGGCUUGAUGGUAGUGUGAGCUUUAAAAAGAACUGGGAGCAGUACAAAGAAGGAUUUGGAUACUUGUCUCCAACAGACACAACAGAAUUUUGGCUGGGAAAUGAGAAGACACACCUUCUGAGCACACAGAGUACAAUUCCAUAUGUUCUCCGGAUAGAACUGGAAGACUGGAGUGGUCAGAAAAGCACAGCGGAUUAUGCCACAUUCAAACUGGGUGCUGAGAAGGACUAUUACAGGCUGAGCUAUGCUUACUUCCUUGGCGGUGAUGCUGGAGAUGCCUUUGAUGGAUAUGAUUUUGGAGAUGACCCCAGUGACAAGUUUUAUACUUCUCACAAUGGCAUGCAGUUCAGUACAUAUGACAAAGAUAAUGAUAAAUUUGAAGGAAACUGUGCUGAACAAGAUGGCUCUGGUUGGUGGAUGAACAGGUGCCAUGCAGGUCACCUCAAUGGCAAAUAUUACCCAGGUGGCACUUACAGUGAAGCUGACACAACUGGUGGCUAUGACAAUGGUAUCAUUUGGGCAACAUGGCGGUCUCGCUGGCAAUCCAUGAAGAAAACCUCCAUGAAAAUCAUUCCUUUGAACCGAUAUGUAACAGAUAAUGGACAACAGCAUAUAACGGGAGCUAAGGGUGGAGACAUAUAAAUUGACACAUUUAAAUAAAAGCACAAGAUUUGUGGGAUGCGGAAUAUGCCAGAUUUGUACUGUCUGUAAACUUGCACUAUGUCAAAUAGGAAAACAAGACACAUUAAAAAACAUUUUA